AUGGCCCAGCCAACAUUUGUUGAGCUAUAUUCGAUACCUGCCUUUAGAAAUUUAAAUGAAAAACAGAUAGGCAAUGCGGAUAGUUUUGUGGACAACAUUCUAUCUGACAUCACCUCUGAUGAUGAUAUAGUGGCUCUCCUGGAACCGUUCACCCUGCCUGAUGUACAAUUUGAUCUUGGCUCCAUCCAAAACGUGACCGUAGUAGGGAUUGCUUCUCUGCGCCGAACAGGUGGGGCAAUAAUGAAUUUUGAUGGCAAAAAACUCUUAAUCGACCUGAAGCUUGGUGUAGACGACGUGCGGGCACGUGCAGUGUAUGCGAUGAAGCUCGGAGUCCGCCUUAAGGGACAGAUACAGGUCCUCGUAAAACAGCUCAGCCUCAAUAUGCGUUUGACGAUGACCGGAAGCAUGUUUGUACUAGAGAAGUUUGCUGUGGAAAAUCUGGUUAUGACAUUGACCGACUUUACGGGAACGUCAGCACUGAAUGUCAUUAAUCGUUGGUUUAUUAACCGUUUCGUAAAGAGAUUUGGUGAAAUACUUCGUUUACAACUAGAAGCGGUGGCAAGAAAGACCAUCGAUAGCAUGGUGUCUCAUCUCGAUCUACGUAGAGUUGUGGCAAAAUCAUUGAUGAAUCUCACAGAUAAAACUAAUAACGCCGUGUCAAACGGACGUAACAAAGUCCAUCAAAUAAAGGAAGACUCUCAUGCGUCUGCUAGAAUGGGAGACUAUUAA